UGUAUAUCCUUAUCAAUAUAAAUACAGCAUGGUAAAUAUCUUACCCUACUUACUGUGAAAUUGAAAUCAUUUUUCAUAAAUUUAUAUUUUAGAUGAAUUCCUAGUUAACUGUAGUGAGUGCCUACUUUUAUUUCAUUAAAUUUACUUGUUGUUACAGAGCCUUCUUUCAGUGACGAAGGUUCGACUAAAGUUUUUCCUCGCGAUUUUAUAGGAAGUCUCGUAUAAUAUUUUGUGACUAUACAACAUAAUUCAUGUUGAGUAAAGGGAUACCAUCGAAGGUAGUAGUCUUCAUAGAAUGCAUCCUGUUAUCAUGCUGUGUAAAACAAAUUUCAUCCAGUGUAUUCGAAAAAUCAAUAUCAAGCCCAUAUUUCGUAGAUAAGACAGCGAUGAUCAAAACAUUAUUCGAAAAUUGUAAAAAUACUCCAAACAUUAUGAUCACUUGCCCAAAGUUAUUUGGAAAAAGCCUUAAUCUCGAUAUGAUCAAACGAUUCGCCGAAAUCGAAGUUGAUAAAAAUGGCAUUCCAGUACCAAAGACCGAAACUUCAAAUUAUAAACUAUUUUCAAAUUCUUCGCUCAAAAUAUCUCAACAUAAAAACCUAAUCGAUGCGCAUUUAGCCGAAUAUCCAGUUAUUUUAUUCAAUCUGAGUUUAAAUGAGAUACAAAUGGAAAACACAACUGUUGAAAGGAUACUUCAAGGAUUACGUGAGGCAUUAAAAACAACCACCCUGAAAUACGAAUGGUUAUUGAAUAAACUGGUUGAAAUACAAUCAAACGUUGAAAAUUCAAAACUUGAGGAACAGAUCAGUUUUUUGCAAAAUGUGUUGGAUAUGAAUUUGAACCGAGAUGGAAUAACUACCAGUUUAUUACGACUGACCGAAAUCGUAUACCAAUGUUUUCUGAAAAAGGUAAUCGUUCUGAUCGAUGAUUACGAUGCGGUCAUUAAUAAGGCCAUUUUAACUCCUAAUUUGGACUCGGAUGCGGUAAUCAAAGUCAUAAAAACGAUGAUUGGCAAAUUACUCGAACCCUUUUAUCCAUACGUUAAAUUUGCUGUGAUCACUGGAAUGAAUGGGAUUUUAUACCAUUUUCAUUUCCUUGAAAUGAAAACAAUCAGUCAUUUCCUUGAAAUGAAAACAAUCAGCCAUCAUCGUUUCUCGAGUUCUCCUCUAUUCAGUUUUUAUUUCGGUUUUACCAAUGAAGAAGUGAAUCUUCUUCUCAAUCGUUUGAAUAUUGGCCAGAAACAGUCGGAACGAGAUCAAAUAGAGAAAUAUUACAAAGGGUACACCGCUCUGGGAAAUCUACCCGUUAAAACGUCGACAGAAAAAACAAUAUUCAAUCCUUAUUCCAUCACGUCGUAUUUAGCUGAUGUAGUGGAACAUACCGGUCCUUCAAAGGAUCUAAAUUAUUGGGCUGAAACUGAACCAAAAGCUAGGUUUCUCGAGAAAUUCGUGAAAGCCAGCGAAUUUCGUAAAUUUAUGAUGGAACUUUUGCACGAUAAAAUCAUUUUCGUUAAGCAUAUGCAUAAUUAUUACGAAAAUGAACUCGUAGCUUUUAAAAAUCUAGUCGAUAGAGAUUUCGAGGAUAUCAGUAGUUUCGACGUUUUAACUUUUCUGGCCUUUAUGUUCGAGUAUGGGUACCUGAGUUAUACUCGAGAACUCAAUUUUUAUCGUAUUCCUAAUAAAGAAGUAGCUCGAGAUAUUCGAAAAUAUUUGUUACUAUGGUAUAGAAAUUCGGUCGCUAUUACAGAGGAAGAAUUGAGCUCAAUUGGAGAUCAUUUAUCAGAUGUAAUUAACUUGGAAGAUGCCCCCGAUUCCAAGUUCAAUCAGUUCGUGCAAACUUCAAGUCGAGUAUUCGAAUCGAUGGUUUCGAAACAUGAAGAGCUUAUGCCUAAAAGAGGAGGAUUGCAGUUCGAAUUACGUUCAAUUUUGUACUUAGCAGCGACUGGUAAAGAACGACGAGCUAAAGUAGGAGAAAAGCUCGAUAGUGAUUUUUAUGAAAAUUAUCCGGAUACAGCGAAAUUAGUCGUGAUUAAUGAUGAAGGCACAGCUAUGAUAAUAUUGAUCAUGUAUGAAGACAGUGAAACCUUGCAAGAGGCUAUGCAGUAUGUAAAGACCAACAAAUUGAAUCUGAAACAAACCAUCAAGUGUAAGAAAAUUUUAUCCGUCAAUUUACUCAAAGAUUUGACUUGGGAGACGGAUUAUGAAGUAAUAUUUCUCCAGAGAGAAACGGGUUGGUGAUUUGUUGAUUUCGUGUACGAGUAGGUACCUAUCUUAGAGUACCUACUGAGUACAUAUGACCUACAUUGGCAGAAUAAAUUUUGACCUUGGGUGAGCUGUACGUUUUUAAAAGCAAUAAAAACAAGAAAAUAUUUAUUACACGUACAUAGAGUUAUUUAAAAUUACAAAUAUUUCGAUGGUGUAGGUAAAAACAUUACCUACUGAUGAAAACUUAUCCAAUAAACAUCCUUCAAUCUUA